UCAAAUGACGUAAUUCGUCAUUAAAAAUUUCAAUACCAGUGCAUCAUUAAAGACAAAUUUUUCGGUUAGUUUAAAAUUCUACGUAAUUUACAGUAUGGCACUUCUACCAGAAUAUUACAAGGGUUUGAUCGGUUUGGGGAAAUAUGGACAAUCUCCGAUCGACUUGGACGACAAAAUAGUCCGUCCUAAACGAUAUCCGCCUCUUAUGUUAAAUGGUCAUUGGAUGAACGAGGGAGAAGCCAUUUUGGGAAACGAUGGAAACGUCGCGACUGUCAUUCUUGGUGGCAAUAGAAUACAAUCCACAGUUUCAGGCGGCCCGCUAUUUAACGACGUCUAUGAAUAUUUUAUUUGCAACUUUCGUUGGGGCGAGGAGAACUGUAAUGGCUCGGAACACACUAUAAACGGCACUUGGUUUUCUAUGGAAGCUCAGAUGGUACAUUGGAAUCGAAAGUACCUUUCGUUCGAUGAGUGUUUAAAAUACAAGGAUGGCAUUUGUAUACUAUCCUUUUUAUUUUUAGUCCCAUCGGGAGAGUACGUCGAGAAUAACCCACAAUUCGAAAAGAUUACUGAAAAUUUAAAAUACGUCGUAGACGCAGGAUCCGAGAAAAAUAUUCCACCGAAUUCAUUAUGCUGGAUGCGAUGGGCUGCUCGCUGCGAACGUUAUUACAGUUACCAAGGAUCUUACAACGAAGGUUCAUGCGGUAUUCUCGGAUAUCCCGAAUGCGUUACUUGGAUUAUUUUUCCAUUGAUGAUUAGGAUAAGUCCAUCUCAAGUCGAUGCUUUUCGAAUGCUGAAGGAUGAGAAAGGUAAUCCUAUAAAAAAUAACUGCAAGAAAAUUCAAUUGUUGCGCGGAAGAAGAAUAUUCUUGGGCAUUUCUUAAUCUCUCAAACAAGACAGAACGAAGUGUCUAUCCCAUCCAAUCGAUUGUAAGAGUUAAUUAUCGCCGAAAUACGUUCUAUAAUCUCACCUAAUAUCUCAUAAAUACGAACGAAAAAUACCUCCUUGUAAAGUUGACUGCCGGUAUACCUUUGCUCCAAGCUCACAGAGCUUCCUAAUACCUGUGACUUCGUCGGCUCAUUGUCUUGAUUCUUAUUCUUUUUACGAUGCUUGUUAAUACUUCCCGCAGAUAAUUGUGACAUCAAUGAGUCAUUCGGAUCGGUCGGUUUGUUCUCUUUAGUUGAAAUACAAUUGGUCAACACAAAUUCGCUCUCGAUCU